AUAAUAACGCCUCUCUUCUUCACGCACAGCACCACAUUUUCCACUACCCUUCUCUCUCCCUAUCUCUGCCUAGUGUUUUCUAGUUUUCAGUGCCGUUUCUUCUCCUAGAAAUUCUCAAGUCUGGGGUCUGCAAUUUCAAUCCUCUUAAGCUAAUGCAGCAAAGAGGAAGGUCUACUAACCGGAGAUCCAGAACUUUUUCUAGAUCCCGCAUUGCCGUUGAGGGUUGUUAGCCUUACCCAAGAACCCUAACGUUUUUCUCAGAUCCAAGACAACCCAUUAAAGCCAUAACGAUUUAUCUGCCAUUCCAGUAAUCAUCAUAUUUCGCCAUGGCUGCUAUUAGAGAACAAGAGCGUGAAGUGCAGAAGAAUUACUGGAUCGAGCAUUCUGCUGAUCUGACGGUGGACGCUAUGAUGCUUGAUUCCAAAGCAUCUGAUCUGGACAAAGAAGAGAGGCCUGAGGUGCUUUCUCUGCUCCCACCUUAUGACAACAAGUCAGUUCUGGAACUGGGAGCUGGUAUUGGCCGUUUCACUGGUGAAUUAGCUCAGAGGGCUAGCCAAGUUGUAGCUCUGGACUUCAUUGAGAGUGUAAUAAAGAAGAAUGAAUGUAUCAAUGGACAUUAUGAAAAUGUCAAAUUCAUGUGUGCUGAUGUGACAUCCCCAGACUUGAAUUUUUCUGAAGAGUCAAUAGACUUGAUAUUUUCUAACUGGCUACUGAUGUAUCUCUCAGACAAAGAGGUCGAGAAUGUUGCUGCAAGAAUGGUCAAAUGGCUAAAAGUUGGUGGCUACAUAUUUUUCAGAGAAUCGUGUUUCCAUCAGUCUGGAGACCACAAGCGAAAGAAUAACCCUACUCAUUACAGAGAACCAAGAUACUAUACAAAGGUCUUCAAAGAAUGCCAUAUGCAUGAUGGUUCUGGAAAUUCAUUUGAACUUGCUCUUAUAGGUUGCAAGUGCAUUGGAGCAUAUGUGAAAAACAAAAAGAAUCAGAAUCAGAUUUGCUGGAUUUGGCAAAAGGUUAGCUCAGAGGAUGACAAGGGAUUCCAGAGGUUCUUGGAUACUGUCCAGUAUAAAUGUAGUGGCAUAUUACGCUAUGAGCGUGUCUUUGGACAGGGAUUUGUGAGCACUGGAGGGAUUGAUACAACAAGAGAGUUUGUCGAUAAACUGGAUCUUCAGCCUGGCCAGAAAGUCCUAGAUGUGGGAUGUGGCAUUGGUGGAGGUGACUUCUACAUGGCUGACAAGUAUGAUGUUCACGUUGUUGGCAUUGACCUUUCCAUCAACAUGAUUUCUUUUGCUCUUGAACGUGCUAUUGGUCUCAAGUGUGCUGUCGAAUUUGAGGUGGCUGAUUGUACUAAGAAAGAUUAUCCUGAAGGCACAUUUGAUGUGAUCUAUAGUCGUGACACAAUUCUUCACAUUCAGGACAAACCUUCACUAUUUAAAUCGUUCUACAAGUGGCUGAAGCCAGGAGGCAAAGUCCUUAUAAGUGACUACUGCAGGAGUGCUGGAACUCCAUCAGCAGAAUUUGCAGAGUAUAUUAAGCAAAGGGGAUACGAUCUGCACGAUGUCAAUGCUUAUGGCCAGAUGCUACGGGAUGCUGGCUUUCAUGAUGUUGUUGCUGAGGAUCGUACCAAGCAGUUCAUAAAAGUUCUUGAGAAGGAAUUGGAUACCACAGAGAAGAAUAAGGAAGCAUUUAUCCAGGACUUCUCUGAAGACGACUAUAAUUAUAUCGUUGGCGGUUGGAAGGCCAAGCUAGUCCGCAGUACCUCGGGCGAGCAGACGUGGGGUUUGUUUAUUGCCAAGAAAAAGUAAAAUCAUGUGAUUUCAGUUCGGCAUUAGCUUUUAUGUACUUUUGAAUUAACGUUUGUUUUAUGCUUCUAUUGUUCUAUGUUAAAUUUAUGACAUAGCUACCAUAUGAUAAACUAUUUCGUUCUUGUCAUUGUAAAAUUAAGUUUGAAUUUGGUUUGCUAUAUAUGUGGAUGUUUUGUUUCACUAAGUA